CGCUGCUCUAUCCAACUCGACUGCACCUUCCCACCCCCUAAUUCACGGAUUCUGCAUCACCUUUUCCUUGACCUUACUACGUACACUUUUUCACUGUCGUAUUCCUCUCUAAUGUCCAUUCAGCCCUGGGGUGCUGCUUCGAUUCUUGACCUCACCUGUGUUAUUGUUGAUUACCACCGUCCCUUAAGAAUCAUGUCCAACGGCCGCUAAAGUAAUAUCCUGCUCGAUCCGACCUUCACUCACUGCUAUCCAGAAUUCGAAGUGCUUGCGAUCAGAUCGAGAUCUAUACCCUGAAUACCUCCUAUACGACGGCCUAUCACUGCCUCCUUCCACCGAGACAAGCUCGAGUCUCCGUCGAUUCAAAUCCCACGUCCGCACUGACUGGGUGCGAAAUCCUGUGUGACCUCUACGAGCGAAUAUACUACCAUUCAUCCCACGAUCCUUGAUUUCGUCCACAUACCUCUAGUACAUUUUCAAGUUGACCUUCUAAGGCCGAGCAGACAUCUCGCAAUAUCCAAAAUCUGGGCGAGCAGGCGAAUCUCUACCAGAAAAAGCUCUUGCCAAAUAAUCCUGCAAUAUACGAGCAGAGCUGCAGUGACAUAAAACAUUCAUCAUGGUUCCUACUACAAGGCCCGAAAGCCAGCUCAACAUAAAUCUAUCUGGGCUGAACCCGAUCACGGAUCCCUCAUCAAUCCCCACAACAAAAUCUCCCUUCGGCGGUGCCAAACCCUCGUCUGCGCUGGCUGGCUUGUCAGGUGCAAGAGUUGGAGCUGGCUCUCCUCUACAUGAACAAGCCUCGAGGCUGUUUCCCAAGCGUACCCGAGAACUACAAUCACAGGCCGGUAUUUCCCCCAAUAUCUGGGGUCCCCCUACCAGCGGCACCUCGACUCCUCUAUUCGAGAUUCCCGAGUCCCCGUCCCAAGAUGGAUUUCCUGAUCUCGUUCCCUUAACUGAGACUGGGAUCAACAGCCCUGCGAGAAGAGGUCGAGCCGGUACACUGCCUUCCAGAAUCUCUCCUGUUGGCACAGUCAACGGCGUCAAUGUCUUGACCUCAAAGACUUCGCGACCCACACCUUCCACAAGUCCAUUUCGACCCGGUUCCACGUCAGCGGCAGAGACCGCGUUCUACUCGACUUCACCAAACACAUCAAACUCCGGCAAUGCCGCUCUGCUGUCCAGGCUCCGUGCGGGCAGUAUGCCUCAGCGAGCAAGCCUUCUCGGACCUUCCGGGGCGUUCGGGCAGAACGUCUUUGGCUCCAGUUGGGGAGCCAGAACACGCGCCGCCACCUUAACCAGCAUAAGCUCUGCGGAGGAUCCCACCUCUCCCCAACAGCCGGGGUUUUCCAGGGAUGGUAUGUCAGAUUCUGGCGUACGCACUCUUGACUACUUGGGUCUCGUCGAAACUCCACAACAAUCGAGAAUCAACGAACUUCGUCAUGAAAUGGAAGAUCAUGGCCGUGGUCAAGACUCUGGUCUAUCUGAUGUUCUGAACAAUCUCAAUAUGCGCAAUGCAAGUCGCUUUAGGUCUUUUUCUGUCAAUACAGAAACGAAGUUUGGGCAGGAGAAUCAAGAUGCUGGAUAUCCAGCGUUCCAGAGCGGUGCAUUAACACCGUCAGCCGCCGCAGCACUCGAGGCAGAAUAUGAACGUGUUCAAGAGAAGGUCCGGCUCCACAACCAAGCUGUCCAGGCUUUUGCUGUUAACGCCAGUGCGGCGCGGCCACGAGCUCGAACUGCCGGACUAGUCGAAACACCCCAGCGCACUUCCCUUCGAAAUCUUGUUCAGCCAAAUGCAGAACUCAACUUCGACAUGCAAGGAAACGGUCUGGACGAAUCUUCGCUAGCUGAAGCCCUUCACAACCUGAACAUGGGCGAAAAUGCUGCACUCGCAUUCGAGAGCAUGGACGACUCGGAAGUGCAGAUGUCGCGGUCCUUGUGGAUAGGCUCCAUUCCCAACUCAACCACCAUGUCGUCUCUAGAUGCCAUCUUCAGUCGAUACGGUCCUAUCGAGUCGACCAGGGUUCUCACACAUAAGAACUGUGGGUUCGUUAAUUUCGAGUCGGUCGAACACGCAGUACGUGCUCGUCAGCUUCUGAAUGGAAAAGAAAUAUUCCCAGGAGCCGGGCCUGUGAGGAUCGGGUUCGCCAAAGCUCCAACCUCCGUGUCAUUGACCCCGGUCCAGAACACAACCCCUCCACCUAGUGCCAACGUUCAGCAGGAUCCAUUUGUCACAACACAAGGCAAGGAUGGCAACGGUAGCCCGGUUGAUUCUAUAAAUGCGCAACAAGCUCUCAACAAGUCUUCGACCGAUCGCCUAGCUGACAUGGAGUCGGAGAUAUUACAGAUCUUUGUUGAUUUCGGCGGACAACAGGCAGACCUGCCAGCCGUUUCUGGUAGCAUUGAUAAUGCCAUCCGCUACCAGUCACUGGAGAAGGAGAUUUCACCCGUUCCUGAACCGAGCGCUGCUAGGAUGUACGAUGCCCCGAGACUACGAGACAUCAGAAAACGCAUUGAUAAUGGAGCAUGUGGCCUGCAAGAGAUCGAACAGACGGCCAUCGAUAUGCUGCCAGAAAUCGCCGAGCUCUCGUCUGAUUAUCUCGGCAACACUGUCGUCCAGAAACUCUUUGAAUAUUGUUCAGAACAAACGAAGGAGCAGAUGUUGACGUACAUCGCUCCUCAUCUCGCCGAGAUUGGCGUCCACAAGAACGGUACGUGGGCCGCUCAGAAGAUCAUCGAAGUAUGCAAGACGGAGCCUCAAACUCGCAUUCUUGUCAAUGCUCUCCACCCUUACACGAUCCCGUUGUUCCUCGACCAGUAUGGGAACUACGUUCUUCAGUGCUGUCUUCGAUUUGGACCGCCAUACAACGACUUCAUCUUCGAGACUAUGCUCAGUCACCUUUGGGAGAUAGCUCAGGGUCGGUUCGGUGCUAGGGCUAUGCGAGCUUGUCUCGAAGCUCAUCAUGCCACCAAAAAUCAACAGCGCAUGAUGGCUGCCGUCAUUGCCUUGCACAGUGUCCAGCUCGCACAAAAUGCCAACGGGGCUUUGUUGUUGACCUGGCUCCUCGACACUUGCACCUUUCCGAAGCGACGUUCUGUGUUGGCGCCCCGGCUUGUUCCUCAUUUGGUCCAGCUUUGCACCCACAAAGUUGCGUAUUUGACAGUGCUCAAGGUCAUCAACCAACGUAAUGAGCCUGAAGCAAGAGAUAUGGUCCUGAAAGCCUUGUUCUUCAGUCCAGAGGACAGGGUACUAGAGCAGAUUUUGUGCGAUCAAACCUCUGGUGUGACCCUAAUCUUCAAGAUCUUGACCACCCCGUUCCUGGACGACAGCAUGAGACCGGAUGUCGUGCAGAAUGUCUCCAAAGUCCUGAGCAAGAUCAAAGCGCAGCCUAAUCAAGGCUACAAGCGAAUCAUGGACGAAGUCGGCUUGUCCUCUCGACCUAGCCAACCUCAAGCGCAGCAAUACCCCUCUCAUGCGCAUCAAACCUUCAAUGAUCGAGGUCGACAGAUGUCCCAGCCCAUGAACGGUAUGCACCAGCAAAGCUUCCAACGUCAAUACAGCGACAACCUUGUUAAUGGCAAUGGUUUCGACAACAAUAUGAGUCGCAUUCGAACGGGGUCGGCAGAUUCGUUCGGCUACCCAGCAUACAACAUGAAUGGCUUCCAAACACAACCCUAUUCCCAACUUCCAUAUCAACAAGUGUCCCAACCACAGUAUCAAAACUAUGCCUCGCGGGGAUCCGACGGUGGCUUCAUGUCGAACGGCUAUAGCAAUUACACGACGCCUCCAGCAUCAGUCGAUCCUUUCCGCACAAUGCCGAACCCAUCGUCGUCGCCACUUUCGUUUUCUGUAAGCCCUGUCAUCGGCUCUGGGGGAUUCCCUCCUCCGAAUUACCCCCAAACAAUGCCCAACAACAUGUACAAUUAUCCACAGCAGCAAUUCUACUUCUCGCCACCCAUGCAGACCGUCCAUUCUGGUGGGAGAGGCCGGAGGGUGAGUCGACCUUCGAAGUAGGGCAUUCUUUGUGCUAACUGGACAUCAGAGAUGAGUAAACUCCUCUUUCCAUCGUGACUGGAGUUGCACAUCACUGUACAGAAACAUUCGGCUCCAGAAGUGUCAUCUUCAACCAGGCCUGGAUCUUUAUUCCAGAGGAGUUGCUGUCUUGGACGAUUGCGUGGAUGUGUGACGGGUGUCUUGUGAGACCGCGAUUUCAGGAGGAGCUUAGGUAUGGCAAGUCCUGCUUGACCUGCUCUAAAAACUUCUUAUAUCUGCCUGGCCUGAUGGUCGUGGAUCUCUAUGCCACCGUGGCCGCCUACAUUUCAUACUGUAUUGAUUUCACGAAAAUUUUCUUCUCGGUAUACCCACGAUCAUACGGGAAUAGGGAGCAUGCAUGGUCCUAUAAAGUAUAGGGCAUUGAAAAAUGGGCGCAAGGGGCCGCGGCAGAGUCGGAUUGAAUAUGGAUCCAUUUUCGCAUGAGAUGAGAAUGUACUAUUCAUUGUAUAAAGUGACAUUUUCUUUUCUUUUCUUUUUUUCCUCCUUACGGGUUGUGUUCGGCGUUGCAGACUAUGCACACGACACACUGUUACAUAUCCC